AUGGCUUUCCCAUCACUCCAAAUUAUCUACCUUAACAAUAAUUCAAUAAGGAGUCUAGUCGAUGAAGAUGGUAACGGCUUAAUACAAGAGGACAAUUUACCAGAACUCCAUACUCUUGAACUGCGACAGAACAAUAUUAAAACAGAACUGCCUAAACUGAACCACCCUUUGCCAGAAGAACAGGCGGCUGAUUAUCAAAAGUUUCUUCAAAGGAUCGGGCUUUACCACAUGGGGCUGAAAAUGUUGGUCCUUCCAGAAAAUGAGAUCAAAACAAUGGCCUUGGUGUACAGACCACCGGAGAACAUAGACAGUGAUAAAGGCAUGAUUCUCAAGGUGAAUCCUUUUGGCUCACGCAUGGGUCGACUGCCUAACCUAGUUGUGUUGCAUCUUCGUGGAAAUGGGCUCCGAUCACUCCAAGGUUUUACAAGGGAGGCUUUCGCCUCUCUGAAAUACUUAAACUUAAGGGAUAAUCACAUAGCAAAUUUGGAGGACUUGGAAAAUUUGAGGGAGUUAGUGUCGUUGGAGCAUCUUAUAUUAACAGGGAAUCCGGUUGAGAGAAUGAAGAAAUUCCGGAUUGAGUUGUUAAUUCUAAAUAUUGGGUUGAGGAGAAUAGACAAAGAGGACUACUGGGCAGAGGAUGUCGAGGAGGCCAAGUCCAUGAUGGCGAAACGCAACAAACUGGAGGAAGGUGGAGGGAAGGGGAAAAAGCUCAAGAAUGUUCUUCAAUCGUCAAAAUAA